CGGCGGUGUUACGUUACCCCGCCAGACCCUGGUGAACUUCAAGCAGGCGAUGCGCAACUCGCCGGGUGCUCGAAUACUUGACAGUUUCUUAUUUGAUCCCGGAUUUAUUGCCGACCACCCGUCCGUCCGUCUUCUCCGAGACAUCGGCCACCCGCAUCCGAGAAGACAACCGCCGACCGGCCCGUUUUUUCCCGUGAGAUUGCUUACUUGCUUUGGGAGGAACAGCAACUGAGGACUUUCUUUACUGCCCACCUGUUGUCCCCCCAUAACAUCGUCUGCCCGACACCCAACCCUCACCCCCUCCGAUGCCAGCCUGGGCCCUCGCCCUCCGUUCCCAGUCGUCGGCAGGAGGUGGAGGCGGAUGCGGGGGGGAAGCCGCCUUAUACCUCGCCCUGGGCGCGGCCUUCGGCAUCUCGACGUGCCUCCUCGCCAACACCCUCCUCGGCUUCUCCUUUGCUUCCUCCUCCUCCCCGCCGCCGUCAACGACCUCUCCCGCCAGCCACAAACCCGCCAUCCCUUCCCCCCUCAGAACACACCUCCCAACCUUGGCCCCAGCCGCCGUCGCCGCCCUCCCCUACCCCCCGGACGUGCUCCCGGGCGGCCGGGCCGUCGCCACCCCGUACGGCACGAUCCAGGUGUUCGAGUGGGGCCCCCCGCGCGGCGAGAAGGUGCUGCUGCUGCACGGCAUCAGCACGCCGUGCGUGGCGCUGGGCGGCCUGGCCGAGGCGCUCGUCGCGCGCGGGUACCGCGUCAUGCUGUUCGACCUCUUCGGGCGCGGCUACUCGGACGCGCCCGCCGACCUGCCCUACGACCUGCGCCUGUACACCACCCAGGUCCUGCUGGCGCUGGCGAGCUCGCCGCUGGCCUGGACGGGGACGGGGACGGGGACGAGCAGCGCCGCCACAGACGAUGACGGGGGGGCGAGUAAUGCCGGAUUUCACCUGGUCGGGUACUCGCUGGGCGGCGGGCUCGCAGUGUCCUUUGCGCGCUACUUCGCCGGCAUGCUGAAGUCGGUCGUCGUGAUCGCCGGAGGCGGGCUCAUCCGCGGCGAGCACGUGGGGUGGAGGAGCCGGGUGCUGUACUCGGCGGCAACGGCGAGGUGGGUGCCCGACGGGCUGGUGAGGUGGUUCGUGAGGAGGCGGUUGAUGCCCCGUAGGACUGGCGCGGAGGGCGGGCAGGGGCAGGGGCAGGACGGCGCGGUCACGGAGACGGAGAUGGCCAAGGAGGUGGUGGAGGUAAAGGGACGCCACAAGAACAGCGACGCGAGCGGGGGCCGGUCGUUCGACAACGCGGUGCUCCUGGCGCGGCGGCCGGAGCACACCGUCUCGUCGGUCAUGGAGUGGCAGCUACGGCAUCACGACGGGUUCAUCCCCGCGUUCGUGAGCAGCAUCCGGCACGCGCCCAUCUACGACCAAAAGGAGGACUGGCUCGCGCUGGGGCAGAUGCUGGCCGAGAGGAGGGAGAAGCAGGGCUGGGAGGACGACGCGGCCGACCGGUCGCCGGGGCCCGGGCUCAGCGGAGGCAAGAUCCUGCUGGUGCUGGGGGCAUCCGACCCGGUCAUCGUGAAGGAGGAGCUGAUCCAUGACGCCACCGCCGUUCUGGGCGAGGACGGGUUCGAGGCGGUGGUGCUGGACGCCGGUCACGAGCUCGUCAUGACCAAGGCCGACGAAGUGGCAGCCGUGAUGACGAAUUUCUGGGAAAGAACUACAAAAUGAGAGAGAACUCGAGAGAGAAAAACUGGUUUUCUUGAAUCUGUAGAUAGAGGGGUUAGACGUGGCAUAGAAAUGAACAUCACCGCUUUCGAGCUGGC